UGGUAAAUGAGUGUAGAGUGAAACUAGGGCACUUCAUCUUCUUCGCUUGACGACGAAGACCACCAACCAACCAACCAACCACUUGAAGAAAGCUCCCAUUGCGAGAUUUGUGCUUCCAUCUUCUCUUCUUCGUUCUUCUCUUUUUCCAAUCAAGAAUUAGAUUCCACUAUCUCAACCUUCCAUUUCCUUUUUUUUUUUUCUUCUUUUUUUUGUUCUCUCUAAUCUUUGAGCUCAAUCAUGCCCCCAUGCUGUACUUGAGAGCUAUCGGUACAUCUAACUGAACUUUUAUGCUUCAAUCUUUUGACCGUUCUUCAAGAGUGAGCAAAUACUUCUGUCAUAGUUGCAAGAUCUUUGGUUUAUCCUCUGUUGUAAUUGGUAGCGGGCAUCAUUUUAGACUUAAUAGUGCUAUGAAAGAGAUUAAAAUCAAAGGUGGUUCUAAUGCAGAUCCUCAUCCGUUAAACGAUGAAACACAUGCACAACUGUCUUGUGCUAUUCAGGGAUGCACAGCAUCAAAUGUGCAGUGCACCCCUGAAAUUGAAAAGAAGUAUGUGCAUCGUGUUUAUGAUGCCAUUGCACCCCACUUUAGUUCCACUCGAUUUGCAAAGUGGCCAAAAGUUGCAUCAUUCUUAUCCUCAUUACCUCUAGGGUCUCUUGUCUUGGAUGCUGGCUGUGGUAAUGGAAAGUACUUGGGUUAUAAUUCCAACUGCUUUUUUAUUGGAUGUGAUAUUAGUGCCCAACUUAUCAAAAUUUGUAAUGAACGGGGCCAUGAAGUUUUGGUGGCUGACGCUGUAAAUCUUCCUUACAGAACUGGUUUUGGUGAUGCAGCCAUCUCCAUAGCUGUAUUACAUCAUCUAAGUACAGAGAACAGGAGGAAGAAAGCAAUUGAAGAAUUAAUACGCGUUGUCAAAAAAGGUGGCCUGGUUUUAAUAACAGUCUGGGCUGUUGAGCAAGAGGACAAAUCUUUAUUGACGAAAUGGAUGCCACUUUCAGAGAAGUAUGUUGAAGAGUGGGUUGGACCUGGUAGUCCACGCGUUCGUAGUCCAUCAUCAAUGGCACUUGAAAGCAUUCCUGAAAUGAAUGAAAAUAAUUCAGGUAUUUGUCUAAAGGAUUCUAAGGAAAACUUGACUGGAAGCAUACCAGAAAAUAAACCUCCACCCUCUCAAAGUGAAAAUGAUUUGGCGAAUUGCAACCACGAAAACUUAUUGAAGACCCAACAAGAGUAUUUUGUCCCAUGGCACUUACCUUAUCAUCGUGCGGAAGUCAGUGGCACGUCUGCCAGUGCCCUUGCUAGUGGUUUGGCAAAAAAAGAUGAUAAGAAAGCAGCUGUUGUGUAUAACAGAUACUAUCAUGUUUUCAGUGAAGGGGAACUUGAAGGGUUGAUUUCUGGUAUGGACAAUGCUGUAGUAGUCGAUCGUUUUUACGACAAAUCAAACUGGUGUAUAGUUCUUGAGAAGUUGGUGUGAGUAUUUAAACGAGUUCAUUGCCAUAAUGAAGAUAUGAUUCGAGCAUGUCUGCCUGCUGUGCGAACUCAAGUCAGGCUUUCAAAAUAACUGGCCCUGGUAAGUAAACUGCUACCUUGGCUUUGUUCGUAUCGUCCAGUAAAGGUGUGGGGAUGGAAGAUCUGCAGGCUCUCUUGGAGAAAAUGCAUGCACUGUAAGGAUUUACAAUUGUAUUAUGAUGAAUAAUCCGCUGGAUUGUCCUUUGGUUCAGUUCUAGAUUAUUUGCAUUGAAAAAGUUGGGCUUCUUUCUAAUAAAAACUUGUUUUUACCAUCCCAUCUCUUGAGAAAGUUUUUAGGAAUAGACAGUUUAAUUCCUUUGAGGCUCAGGUUUCUGGUGCAAGAUUUUCUGGAUUUAGAAAACACCAACUAUAAUUUGUUAAUUUGUCAAAUGGGAUUGGUUAGAUAGCAUGGACCGUUUGUUGACGUUUAGUAGGUCACUAUUUAUGGGUGCAAGUGUAGCUUGUCAGUAGGGUUAUCGUUUUCUUCCAUAAAAAUCCAUCUUGAAGUUCAACCUUUUUCCUGCUUUGGUCACUGAGUCUUCAUGUUGUAGUUUUUAGUAUCACUGAGUUUUUGAGAAUAUGUGCAUUUGGUCCUUUGAUCCUUCAAGAGAUGUUUGAUCACUGAGUGAAGUUAGUAAAUUUGUGUUUGGAGUGUAGAGUUGUAAGAUCGAGUUUUUUUAUUAAUUGUGGAUAUUAGAGAUAGAAUUUAUCUAAAAACAUAAAAAUUUGAAGAAAUGAAAAGAUGAAAUUACUUGAUCAUGAUGUUGAUGUGUGCUAACUUCGUUAGUGUUGAGUUGUUUAUUUCGUUAGUGAUGUGUGCUAACCUCGUGAUUAUUAGCCCACUGGAUAUAAGGGUUUGGGACCCUAAUCUUUUGCAGGGGUUCUCUUUUUUCCAGUGUAUGGUUAACUCUUCCCCCUUGGGGGAGUUGGUCUUCUUUUCCGCGUAGAGGAUUUAGGUUCCUAGAAAGGUGAGGUUUUUACUUGGCAGGUUCUUCAUGAUUGUAUUAGUACGUUGGAUAGGCUUUCAAGGAAGGUGUCGUCGUUAGUUGGGCCCUUUUGUUGUAUUCUUUGUUUGAAGUUAAAGGAAGAUGUAGACCAUAUUCUUUGGCAUUGUGAGUCGCAUUCAGCAUUUCAUAUGUUCGUCAUAGAGAUGUUAGAGAUAUGAUCGAGGAGUUCCUUCUCAAUCUGUUCGGGUGGUUUUCUUUGGCACGCUAGUGUUUGUGCCGCACUAUUAGUGUUGUGGGAUGAGAGGAAUAGGAUUUGUGGAGAGGGGCAACGGUGAAAUAUGAUCUCUAUUCUUUAUGAGAAUUUGGUUUUAAAGACUUUGUUACUAUCAUUUAAACAUGAUUUUGUGUA